UGCGACGUCGCAUUGUCAUCGGCAUCGUGACGCAGGGUAGUAAGGCAGGCACAGCCUCCUGUACUCUUUUAGAUCGAUUCGGCUAACUGAUAGACAAAAUCGCUAAGAAGUCUCCGACACUAAGGUUUGCUAUGUCAACGAGCAACACGUCCAACGUCCAUCACUAUGCCAAACUAUCGGAGAUCCAUAUUCGAUAGCAGUAAUGGACAGCGAAUAUAAUGACGCCAUCUUUGAAUGACUCGAUGAACACACUACCUCUCGUACCUGUUAUUGCCUGUUAUUUUUGGUGUUGAACGAUAGUGAUGUACUAUCAAGUACUUAUACGUUUGAUGUGACGUUUUGGACGACGUGGUGUAUAUUCAUUUAUGAAAAGCUCUUUCCAACGCGUGAAUAUGAGCACCGCGAAAUAAUUUUCUGAUUAUAUCGAUAAAGCGAGUAUGUGCAGGAAGAAAGUUCGAAGUGACAGACAAUUUGACAACGUGGAUUAUACACAACUUACAGAAACCGAUAAUGGUUUCUUUGAUUCGCAGUUUGUAAGUCCACCAGUGAAGAUACCAUGGAAGGCUAUUACAUUAGCUGCUCUCUUAUUUGUUGGAGGGACCAUUAUGCUCAUUAUAGGAAGCUUGAUUGUGAGUGGACACAUUGAUUCAAAAUAUUCAGAUCGGAUGUGGCCAGUGAUAAUUUUAGGGGCCUUGAUGUUCAUACCAGGGGCUUAUCACAUGAGGGUGGCUAUUUUAGCGUAUCAAAAAGUACCUGGUUAUUCAUUUGACGAUAUACCUGAGUUUGAUUAAGUUUUAUGCAGAUAUGCGCAUUGUACUUAUUGGUUAUAUUAAAAAAAAUUUAUUGAUAAGAAA